AUGGGUUCCUCUCGUGUCUGGUCCAGAGAGGAAAUCGCCCACCGAAUCCUCCAAGGUGACAUCCUCGUCGUCUACGAUGGCCGUCUCCUUAGAAUACCCCAGAAGUGGCUAGACUCCCAUCCCGGUGGUGCUCUUUCCAUCCUCCACUUUGUCGGACGCGACGCCUCCGACGAGAUUCUCGCCUACCAUGCACACCACAUCCUCAAGCAGUUCGCCCCAUACGUCGUUGGCUCGGUUGAGAAGUCUCCUCAUGGCUGGCAGCCCUUUGUCCCUCCCGUGAUGACAGGCUGGGUAAGGAAGAUUGCCCCGGACGGGCAUCUCAAGUGGCACAAUGAGGCUGCGGUUCUUCCCAACAAAUCCAUCUCCUCAGAAAUUCUGCUUCUCCCCAAAGACAGCUCCAUUCUUUCCGCGCAUCCUGCACGUCCUUCUCCGGAUACUCUCAUUCCUCCGCCAACAGCCCUCGAUCUCAAGACCCAGGCUGAGCAUUCCGCAGCAUACAAACAACUGCAUACCCGCGUCGUUGAAGCAGGUCUCUUCCAGUGUCGCUACAUCACGGGAUAUGGCCCUGAAGUGGCCCGCUAUAUUCUCCUCGGGGGCGGAUCCGCCUUUGCAUAUAAGCACAAUUGGCUCAUGACCUCCGCAGUCUGUCUCGGUCUUCUUUGGCAUCAACUUGUUUUCACAGUUCAUGACCUCGGCCAUAUGGGAGUCACCCACAAUUGGGCUAUCGAUCGUUUCAUUGGCAUCGUCCUCGCUGACUGGAUUGGCGGUCUCUCUGUUGGGUGGUGGGUCGACAACCACAACGUCCACCAUCUCGUCACUAACCAUCCUUCUCACGACCCCGAUAUCGAGCACUUACCCUUCCUCGCCAUAUCGACUGCAUUUUUCAACUCCUUGUGGUCGUCGUACUACAAGCGUGUCAUGGCCUUUGAUCGAUUUGCCAAGUUCCUCGUAUCACUUCAGCAUCGUCUCUUCUACAUCGUCCUUUCUUUUGGUCGCUUCAAUCUUUACGUCCUUUCCUACGGUCACCUUCUCCGUCAGGCAUUCGACAAACCUCGCGCGCGCGGAGGACGAUGGGCAUGGUGGAUGGAAGUCCUCGGCAUCGUCUUCUUUUGGUGCUGGUUCGGACCCGUUCUCAAGGGAUGUGGAAGUUGGCCAAAGGCACUGGCAUACCUUCUUGUUAGCCAUUGGGUGACUAGCCCCCUCCACGUGCAGAUUGUCCUCUCGCACUUCUCCAUGUCCACAGAUGAUCUCGGUCCCACAGAGUCAUUCCCUGCGCGACAGCUACGUACGACGACCGAUGUCGUUUGCCCCGACGCGCUUUCCUUUGUGCACGGAGGCUUGCAUCUUCAGGUCACGCACCACCUCUUCCCCCGCCUCCCGCGACACAACCUUCGUGCCGCAAGCGUGCUUGUUAAGGAGUUUGCACGCGAACGUGGCCUUACCUACGCUGAGUUCGGCUUCGUCAGGGGCAACGCUGAGGUGCUCGAUGUUCUCAAGGGUGUAGCGGAUCAGGCUAAGAUCAUGACCAUGGUUGUCGAGAGCGAAGUUAAAGAGGCCAUGGGUAAGAAAGACUGAGCCUGACUGGAUGACUGGAUACCCAAAGGGAUAACCACGAAUAUGAGCAUCCUCAAUGAACGACUUAUCGGGGUUUAUAUUCAUAGGAUUAGAUUAAUGCUCAUUAUUUAGAGCUCCAUAUAGAACGCAGUAUUGAAGGCGGUUGCGCGGAUUUGCAUUUUAGAACCGGAAUGUGCUCAGGUCCCUUUCUCCUUGUUAUGGAGGAGGUUUUUUAUCCUCUUGUAGGACGUUGACCCUCGUCCACCCAUGGACGCUGCGGCAAUCACUUUCAUGUUCAUAACAAAGUAUGCAUAAGGCAUGUGAUGCAUGCAAUACCCUAGGCCCGACGAGCCGUGCCCAGAUUUUGGGAGUAUACAGGGGACUGAGUAUCCGAGAAGCAUGGCGUAGCAGUAGGAAAUGCAGAAG